AUGUCGAAGCUUGCAGCCCACCGCAGUCGCACUCGAGGUAGCUGGCCUACGCACGACAUCGGGCUACAGGGGCACACGCUCCUCGCGGCCAUCACUGCUUGCAGCGCUCUAGGCUUCUUGCUCGUCGGUUACGAUAAUGGUGUCAUGGGAGGUAUCCUCGAGACUGCGGCCUUCAAACGCUCCUUUGGCAAUCCAGACGCCGCCCUUGUCGGCAAUAUUGUAUCCAUCUACGAGAUCGGCUGCUUCAUUGGCGCCCUCGCCUCCUUCUCCAUCGGCUCUCCUCUCGGUCGAUGCCGUACCAUCCUUUUGGGCGCUACCAUUCUUCAAGUGGGCGCCAUCAUCCAAGGAGCGUGCAGCUCCGUCGCCGUUCUCAUCUUGGGCCGCGUUGUCGCUGGAGUCGGUAUGGGUCUCAUCAACUCAACGGUGCCUAUUCUCCUGACCGAAUGCAGCCCUGCGAGGGACAAGGGGAUCUUCUCACGCGGCAAGCUUGUCGCUGUGUCUCUCACCAUUCUCAACUGCGGGAUCGUGCUGAGCUAUUGGACCGAUUACGGCUUCAACUUCAGCGGCCUCACAGGCACAGUCACCUGGCGGUUCCCCAUUCUUGCUCAGUCCUUCUUCAUCAUCGGGAUUUUCCUCAUCGCGGCCGUCAUACCCGACACACCUCGCUGGUAUCUUGCCCGCGGUCGCGAUCAGGAGGCCCUUGCGGUGCUUGCUCGCCUGGCCAACAAGGGAGAGGAAGACGACGAAGUGCAGGAUCAGUACAGCCAGAUCAAGCAGGCUAUCGCGCACGAGAAGGAGGCAGCUAAGCACACCAACACAUUCCUUACCCUGCUAAGCCCGGGAGGUAAAGGGAGGGACGACGCCGUGAGAACGAGAAGGAGACUGUUGCUCGCUUGCUUCAUUCAGGCUGCGCAGCAACUUGGUGGCAUCAAUGCCCUCAUCUACUACUCCUCGACCCUCUUCUCACAAUCGCUCAAACUGGGCAACAAGCAAUCAGCCCAGCUGGCCGGUGGCCUAAACAUGGUGCUCAUCCUCGGCGCAUUCGUCAGCAUCUUCCUAGUUGACCGUCUCGGGCGCAAGCCGCUCUUACUGUCCUGCAUCUCAGCCAUGUCCCUCGUCUUCAUUGUGCAGACGGUCCUGGUCAAGAAGAUCCAAGAGGGCACGGCGAGCCGUAGCGACUCACACGGAGCCGUGGCCAUGCUCUUCUUGUUCGAGCUAUUCUUCUCCGUGGGGUUCCAGGCCACGGUGUGGAUGAUCCCAAGUGAGGUGCUACCGCUGAGCAUCAGGACAAGGGGUUCGGCGCUUUCUACAGCGAGCAACUGGAUCUGCAACUUCGCCGUCGUCAAGUUCACUCCUUCAGCCCUGGAGAACAUUGGCUGGAGAACCUACGCUCUCUUCGCCGUCUUCAACGCGGCCUGGGUGCCCAUCAUUGCCGUCUUCCUGCCCGAGACGAAGGGCCUCACACUGGAGGAGGUCGACGAGAUCUUCUCCACCGACGAUUUCAAGCUGCAUCACGACCACGAUGGUCAUGAUGGUUCUGGGCAGGGCAAAGGUCGUGAUGGUACAAGCGGCAUGCCGACGCUGCCCUUGACGGAGCGCACCACCAGGAUGGCGACGGAGGACAGCGAUGGAGACGGCAAAGACGAUGCGAAGUCUGGCAACUCGGUUCUCACGAGGACGAAGAGCGCGGGGCAGGCCGCCUGA